AUGUCCAUGAAUGAAUCUCACUCGGGUAGAGGACUAGGUUUCGCGAUCAGGACUCUGUUUCGCUCCUCCCCAUCGCCCUCCCCGACUCCUACCCCGCGACACCGAGUCUCUCUUCUCCGUCGUGGUCGGAGUAUAUUCUCCAGCAGGAAUCCUCGAAAUUCGAGUAAACCUUCGUCCGGGUCCCCAAUGCAUGACUUCCAGCAAUUCAACUCGGCUGCGAUGGUGGGACUGGCCCAAGCGUCUGCAGGCGACAAUUUCGACAUCUUCCAAUGGCACCCUCGAUACCAAAGCUGCCAGCGAUACUUUCUAGAUCAUGCGCAACACAGUGAUGCAGUCCAAGCACUCUCUGCUUUCUUGAACAUCCGUCUCCCGUUCCAAUGGCAGUCAAACCCUGUCGUAAGCUCUCAUACCGACCCAUCCCGAUCCGCCGCUAGCCAGUCAUCUACAUCCUCACCUGCCUCGAAUCCACCUCCCUCUGUCUCAUUGAUUCCAUACAUCCGCCGCCUGGUGGCCACGGGAAUGGAUUUCCCUGGCGUGUUGCACGGUUUUUUUGGGGACGAAUGGGGUGCGGGCAUUGGACCUCUACACGAGCAAGAACGGCGCAAUUACCUGUUCGCCGCGAAGAGUGGUGGCUGGGCGGCCGUUAAAAAGGACUAUGACAUGCCACCGCUCGAGACAAUUCCGUUCCUACGUCCCUUACAGGGACCGCUAGAUUCGGAGAUUGAGGCGGCGGAGCGGAGUUGGAGCGAAUGGCUCGCCAUGGAAGACUGGAUGGUAGGGCCUCGAGCGCCUGACGUUCUUCAAGACUCAUCCUCACAAAUUUCACGACAUCACAGCUCACGAGGGUAA